AUGCCACAACAACCACAGUUGCAGCUACAACAACAAGAGCUGCAGCAACAACAACCGAAAUGCAGCGAAAACAACAAAAGCUUCAGCAAUAACACCCGAAGUGCUGGCCUCAACAACCACAGCUGCUCCAACAACAACCACAGCUGCACAAACUUCAACAACAGCUUCUCCCACAACAACCACAGCUUCUCUCAUAACAACCACAACGUCUCCCACAACAACCACAGCUUCUCCCACAACAAUCACAGUUGCAGCUAUAACAACCAGAGUUGCAGCAAUAACACCCGAAUUGCAGCUACAACUACAAAAGCUUCAGCAAUAACAACCGAAGUGCUGGUCUCAACAACCACAGCUGCUCCAACAACAACCACAGCUGCACAAACGACAACCACAGCUUCUCCCACAACAACCACAGCUUCUCCCACAACAACCACAGCUUCUCCCACAACAAACACAGUUGCAGCUACAAAAACCACAGCUGCAGCAACAAUAACCGAAGUGCUGGCCUCAACAACCACAGCUACUCCAACAACAACCACAGCUGCACAAACUGCAACAACAGCUUCUCCCACAACAACCACAGCUCCUACCACAACAACCACAGCGUCUCCCACAACAACCACAGCUUCUCCGACAACAAACACAGUUGCAGCUACAAAAACCACAGCUGCAGCAACAACAACCGAAGUGCUGGCCUCAACAACCACAGAUUCUCCCACAACAACCACAGCUUAUCCCACAACAACCACAGCUCCUACCACAACAACCACAGAAUAUCCCACAACAACCACAGUUGCAGAUACAACAACAAAAGCUUCAGCAAUAACAACCAAAGUGCUGGCCUCAACAACCACAGCUGCACAAACGACAACCACAGCUUCUCCCACAACAACCACAGCUUCUCCCACAACAACCACAGCUUCUCUCAUAACAACCAUAGCUUCUCCCACAACAACCACAGCUUCUCCCACAACAAACACAGUUGCAGCUACAAAAACCACAGCUGCAACAACAACAACCGAAGUGCUGGCCUCAACAACCACAGCUACUCCAACAACAACCACAGCUGCACAAACUGCAACAACAGCUUCUCCCACAACAACCACAGCUUCUCUCAUAACAACCACAGCUUCUCCCACAACAACAACAGCUUCUCCCACAACAACCACAGCUCCUACCACAACAUCCACAGAAUCUCCCACAACAACCACAGAUGCAGCUACAACAACAAAAGCUUCAGCAAAAACAACCGAAGUGCUGGCCUCAACAACCACAGCUGCUCCAACAACAACCACAGCUGCACAAACGACACCCACAGCUUCUCCCACAACAACCACAGCUUCUCCCACAACAACCACAGCUUCUCUCAUAACAACCACAGCGUCUCCCACAACAACCACAGCUUCUCCGACAACAAACACAGUUGCAGCUACAAAAACCACAGCUGCAGCAACAACAACCGAAGUGCUGGCCUCAACAACCACAGCUAUUCCAACAACAACCACAGCUGAACAAACUACAACAACAGCUUCUCCCACAACAACCACAGCUUCUUCCACAACAACCACAGCUUCUCCCACAACAACCACAGCUUCUCCCACAACAACCACAUUGCAGCUAGCACAACAAGAGCUGCAGCAACAACAUCCGAAGCGCUGGCAUCAACAACCACAGCUGCACCUACUGCAACAACAGCUUCUCUCACAACAACUACAGAUGCAACAACAAUUCCUUUGCAGCUACCACAACAACCUCAUUUUCACCGUCGACAACCACAGCUGCACCAGCGGCAAAUACAGCUCUUGUUACAACUACAGUAGCUCCUACAACAAAAGCAACUCCAACAACAACCACUGCGGCUCCCAAAACAACCACAGCUGCACCAACGACAACCACAGAUUCGCCUACAGCAACAACAGCUUCUCCAACAACAAACACAGCUGCACCAACGACAACCACAGAUUCACUUACAGCAACAACAGCUUCUCCCACUACAACCACAGCUGCACCAACAGCAACAACAGUUCCUGUUACAACUACAAUGGCUCCUUCAACAACAGAAGCUUCAACGACAACCACAAUUCACUUACAGCAACAACAGCUUCUCCCACUACAACCACAGCUGCACCAACAGCAACAACAGUUCCUGUUACAACUACAAUGGCUCCUUCAACAACAGACGCUUCAACGACAACCACAGCAUCUCCCACAACAACCAAAGCUUCUCCAACAACAACCACAGCUGAACAAACUACAACAACAGCUUCUCCCACAACAACCACAGCUUCUCCCACAACAACCACAGCUUCUCACACAACAACCACAGCUUCUCCCACAACAACCAAAGCUGCUCCAACAACAACCACAGCUGCACAAACUGCAACAACAGCUUCUCCCACAACAACCACAGCUUCUCUCACAACAACCACAGCUUCUCCCACAACAACCACAGCUUCUCCCACAACAAACACAGUUGCAGCUACAAAAACCACAGCUGCAGCAACAAUAACCGAAGUGCUGGCCUCAACAACCACAGCUACUCCAACAACAACCACAGCUGCACAAACUGCAACAACAGCUUCUCCCACAACAACCACAGCUCCUACCACAACAACUACAGCGUCUCCCACAACAACCACAGCUUCUCCGACAACAAACACAGUUGCAGCUACAAAAACCACAGCUGCAGCAACAACAACCGAAGUGCUGGCCUCAACAACCACAGCUUCUUCCACAACAACCACAGCUUCUCCCACAACAACCACAGCUUCUCCCACAACAACCACAACUUCUCCCACAACAAGCACAGCAGCUCCAACAACAAUCACAGUUGCAGCUACAACAAUAAAAGCUGCAGCAACAACAACUGAAUCGCUUUGCAGCUACCACAACAAGAGCUGCAGCAAAAACAUCCGAAGCGCUGGCAUCAACAACCACAGCUGCACCUACUGCAACAACAGCUUCUCUCACAACAACUACAGAUGCAACAACAAUUCCUUUGCAGCUACAAAAACCACAGCUGCAGCAACAAUAACCGAAGUGCUGGCCUCAACAACCACAGCUACUCCAACAACAACCACAGCUGAACAAACUACAACAACAGCUUCUCCCACAACAACCACAGCUACUCCCACAACAACCACAGCUGCACAAACUGCAACAACAGCGUCUCCCACAACAACCACAGCUUCUCUCAUAACAACCAUAGCGUCUCCCACAACAACAACAGCUUCUCCCACAACAACCACAGCUCCUACCACAACAACAACAGCUUCUCCCACAACAACCACAACUUCUCCCACAACAACCACAGCUUCUCCCACAACAACCACAGCUUCUCUCAUAACAACCACAGCGUCUCCCACAACAACCACAGCUUCUCCGACAACAAACACAGUUGCAGCUACAAAAACCACAGCUGCAGCAACAACAACCGAAGUGCUGGCCUCAACAACCACAGAUUCUCCCACAACAACCACAGCUUAUCCCACAACAACCACAGCUCCUACCACAACAACCACAGAAUAUCCCACAACAACCACAGUUGCAGAUACAGCAACAAAAGUUUCAGCAAUAACAACCAAAGUGCUGGCCUCAACAACCACAGCUGCACAAACGACAACCACAGCUUCUCCCACAACAACCACAGCUUCUCCCACAACAACCACAGCUUCUCUCAUAACAACCACAGCUUCUCCCACAACAACCACAGCUUCUCCCACAACAACCACAGCUGCACAAACUGCAACAACAGCUUCUCCCACAACAACCACAGCUUCUCUCAUAACAACCACAGCGUCUCCCACAACAACAACAGCUUCUCCCACAACAACCACAGCUCCUACCACAACAUCCACAGAAUCUCCCACAACAAACACAGAUGCAGCUACAACAACAAAAGCUUCAGCAAAAACAACCGAAGUGCUGGCCUCAACAACCACAGCUGCUCCAACAACAACCACAGCUGCACAAACGACACCCACAGCUUCUUGCAGCUACCACAACAACCUCAUUUUCACCGUCGACAACCACAGCUGCACCAGCGGCAAAUACAGCUCUUGUUACAACUACAGUAGCUCCUACAACAAAAGCAACUCCAACAACAACCACUGCGGCUCCCAAAACAACCACAGCUGCACCAACGACAACCACAGAUUCGCCUACAGCAACAACAGCUUCUCCAACAACAAACACAGCUGCACCAACAACAACCACAGAUUCACUUACAGCAACAACAGCUUCUCCCACUACAACCACAGCUGCACCAACAGCAACAACAGUUCCUGUUACAACUACAAUGGCUCCUUCAACAACAGAAGCUUCAACGACAACCACAGCAUCUCCCACAACAACCAAAGCUUCUCGAACAACAACCACAGCUGA